AUGGAUGACCCUGGACAAUCAGGUCCUCAAGGUCCUGGCGAGGCCGAUACGAAGCAUCUCGUUCCUACUCCAGCAUCUCGUGGGAAAGGACAUAGCCACAAGAAUUCUUUUAAUCACCAGGACCAUCCAAACAAGGCUGAGAUCUUACCUCUUUCCACUGAAAUCAAGGUCGAGUCCUACCGAAAGAUUGUACCUGCUACAUUCGGCGAUACCUCUCGACAGGAUGAAGGCUUUUCGCGACCCGACUCCUUCUCAAAGUUCUUCAAACCUGGGCGGGUGUUCACAGUUCCAGCCAACGAGCCAGCCGACCGACAUACAGACUACGUAACACAAAUUACAGCGUCGAAAGUGUAUAGCGCUCUGGGCGAGCAUGGUUAUCAGAAAGAAAGGAAGCUCAUAGUCGUCGAGCUCAAAGAAAGGUCUUGCCAUGCGGUACCGAUCAUGACUUAUGAAGGCCGAGGUGUCUCCAAGACUGGCGUCACGAAAAGUGAUCAUGCCGUUGUCCACACUGGCAAGCAGCCACCAUCGUUGUUCGACAACGAGAUGCCUGCCCGUGGCGAGGAACCGGUCAGGGCUAUCCCUAUUCGCGUCAAACCAAGUGACCCCACAGAUAAGCUUUCCAACGCUGCGAGGAUCAACUUUGGUAAAGUAUACAAGAUUGAACAGAGUAUCGAAGUCAAGCGAUGGGGCUUCGUUGUAGAUCAAUCCAUGUCGGCACUGAGAGCUCAGUUCAGAAGUGUUGCUCUCGGGACAGGGUCAACUAUCAGCAUCCUUCCUACUCCAGGAAGCAGCUCGCCGACGAUUCGCCCUGGGCAGGACGAGGCGAGCGAUGAAGUCGUCUGA